AUGCAAACAUAUCAGUCAUCUCGUGGACAUGCUCACCGGCAACCAACUCCAAGUUACCAUCAAGAAUUACACUAUCCACCUCACUAUUCUCAAGAACGUGGGUACGUGGGACCGAACCCACAUUAUUACUAUCCACCUCAGCAUGAUUAUGCCGUUCAAACAUCAGGAGAAUCAUACAUCUGGGCUGGAGCAUCGAAAGCAGGCCAACUAGCUGAUUUUUUAUUACGAAUUGGAAGUAAUGGUCUGCAAGCUGCAUCGGCUUUAUGCAGCAUUUUGGGCUAA